CAUUGAUGCAGUUUCCAGUAGCAGUAUGACUUCAGUCACGUUUUGGAAAUACUUAUAUAAUUCGUUUUAUUUUAAGACAUACAACCGGUGGUAACUAUAAAAAUGGUUUCUGAGCUUGAAUGAGUUUUUUUAAACAAGGAUACCGGUAUCACAUUUUGGAAAUAAGUGGUUCUUAAUUUAAUUCCAGCACAUAAUUAAUCGGUCAAAAUUGUAUGUUGAGCAUCUGAUCGCAAAUUAAGUUAACUGUUCAAGUUUCUUCCGACGUUUCAAGUGUCAGCAUUGUUUAAGUGAUAGUGUUUUGAGGAAGUAAACUUUGUUAUCAUAAUCGGCAAGGAAAUUAAAAGUAGCAGUCUACAUAUAUGCUUUAAGUUGUAAGUGUUUAUUCUAUGUAAGAGCAUCAUUGAAGCUGUUGUGACGUCUUAUGACUGAAUAACAAGUCGGACUCGAUCUUGUGAAUGGUUAAGGCGGUAUUGGAAACAAACAAGAACUGACAAUUUACGUGUGUGCUAUUUGUUGCAUUAAAUAUCAUCAAAAUGAGUGACCAUGAGGGUGGUUUGGAAACGGAAUCAACUGUCCAAGAAGCGGAAGUAAUUGUCCAUGAAACGGAACCAACUGUCCAAGAGACGGAAUCAACUGUCCAAGGAACGGAAUCAACUGCACAAGAAGCGGAGCCAACUGCCCAAGGAACGGAAACAACUGCACAAGAAGCGGAGCCAACUGCACAAGAAGCGGAGCCAACUGCCCAAGAAACGGAAACAACUGCACAAGAAGCGGAGCCAACUGCACAAGAAGCGGAGCCAACUGCCCAAGAAACGGAAUCAACUGUCCAAGAAACGGAAUCAACUGUCCAAGAAACGGAAACAACUGCACAAGAAGCGGAAUCAACUACCCAAGAAACGGAACCAACUGUCCAAGAAACGGAAUCAACUGUCCAAGAAGUAGAAUCAACUGUACAAGAUGCGGAAGUAGCUGUCCAAGAAACGGAAUCAACUGUCCAAGAAACGGAAACAACUGCCCAAGAAAAGGAAUUAACUGUCCAAGAAACGGAACCAACUGUCCAAGAAACGGAAUCAACUGUCCAAGAAACGGAACCAACUGUCCAAGAAAAGGAAUUAACUGUCCAAGAAACGGAACCGACUGUCCAAGAAGCGGAAUUAAAUGUCCAAGAAACAGAAACAAAUGUCCCAAAACCGGAACCAACUGUACAAAAAACAGAAACAAAAGUCCGAGAGGAAGUGGAGCCUGAGAAGAAAUACUCUCUCCGUGCAUUUCAUAAGGGUUCUCGGAACUAUGGCAUCAAGGUUAACCCGGAGGAGCAGGCGUUGGACGCCAUUAACAAGGAGAUCUUGGAUGAUCCGGACUAUAAGGAGGUGGAGGACCUGGAGGAGCGUCUCCAAACAUUCAAGGCUAAGUUUAUGGAGUUUGACAAGGACGCAGACGGAAAUAUUGACCUGUUCGGGUUGAAGCGUAUGAUGGAGAAGAUUGGUCAGGCGAAGACUCAUCUGGAGAUGAAGAAGAUGAUCCUUGAGAUUGACUCUACCAAAAAAGGCACAAUCUGCUAUAGGGAUUUCAUCUCCAUGAUGGUCGGAUCCAAGAGCUCCGUGCUCAAACUGAUUCUUUUGUUUGAGCAGAAAGCGAAAGAGCAAGAGCGACCUACCGGGGUGGCUCCCAAGCGCGACCUCGCCAGCCUUCCCUGAACCAUCCAGGGAUGGACGGGUCUGGGCAGCCGAUGUUAAAUGCGAGGAAAUAACCUCGUUACGAUAUUUACAAACAAUAACAAUAUACAUGUGUGUACUAGUUCUUAAAUUUCUUAUUCCGAGGACAGAUAGACACAGAUUGGGAAGAGGGCCAGUUUGCUGCUGUGGAGGUUCACCAUGUGUAAGGAAUUCAUGUGUAGUUUAAAAGGAGUGUGAUUGCUGUAUAUUUUAUAUUAUUUCCACAUCGUACGUGAUCAAUAGUAUUAUGUUUGUUGUAUUGUAAAACUUCUACGUAUUUUAUGUCCGUGUCUUUUGAAUACAAAUUUUCAUAUUUGUU